AUGAAAUCUGGUGAUGGCGGUGUGGAUCUGAUUGUGUGGCGUAAAGACUGUGUGGUCUUUAUUCAAUGCAAGGAUCAUGCAGACAAAAUUGGGACCAGUACAACGCUUAGUGGUGUGCUCUUGAAACGAUCGAAACGUUAUUUCGGGAUUGUAGUGGUCCCGAAGGUUGCUGAGGGGGCAGUACAUGAGGCAAAUACUAGUCCUCGUCCACUAAUAUUGUCGUAUGAAGAUACAAUAGUUCAGGAUCUAUGGAUGUUGAUUAGAUCUAGGUUGGAGGCAUUAAAAGUUGAAGAGAAUGAAAUUGUAACAAGGAUGAAGAGUGAAAUGGAGGGGGUUGUGGAAUCAUGGCAGUUAGUAAUAGAACGAAGAGAGUUAGAGGCGGGAAAUGAAUUGAUGCGGGCACAAAUGAAAAAUGCGAUGAUGACGAGAGCAAACGAAUUACUUAUGAGAGAGAAUGAGGAGCUUGCAACUUUUCCAUUCGCUAAUGGAGCAAUGGAUCAUACUCCAUUGAUUCCAUUCACUCCAUUGGAUGUCAAUGGAAUGCUCCAUUGCCAACAACCUGCCUGCUUGGAGUCAAUGGAGCCAAUGGAGUACAAGCUCCAUCACUCUAUUCCAUUGAAUUCUGAAUAG